AUGGCGCAAUCCAAUGGGGAGCUGGAGCACUCGAAAGGUUGUCGCUCAGUUGUCCAAACAAAUGCUAACUUUUACGGCAUAGAGGUGGCCCAGAACCCACAAGAGCCUACAAAUGGCACCGAGCUCGAGGGUGUUGCCGAGGAUGACACCGCCGGCGGCCUUUUCCAGAUCUCUGUGAAGCUUCCCCACGAGCCUCACAAGAUUCAGGUGAUGGUCUCUAGCCAGGAACAAGUGCAAGACGUCCGCCAAUCGAUCGUCGAGCUGCCCGGUACCUUCCAGUACACGUGCUUCCAUCUGGAAUACAACGGCAACCGGAUCAAUGACUUUGUCGAGCUGUCCGAAGUGCCUGACCUGAAGGCAGACUCGGAGAUCUCGCUGGUGGAGGACCCGUACACCGAGAAGGAGGCUCGCAUGCACAUUGUUCGCAUUCGAGAGCUGGUCGGUGCCGCCGGUGACCGUGUGGACAACCUCCACGGUAUCUCGGCUGGUCUCUCGUUGCACGAUUCCAUCUCAACAGAGGCCAGCAAGGCUGGCGAGUCAGACAAGGAGCACUCCCUCGCUAAGUACGAUCUGACUGGCGAAUCGCCGCUUCAGACAAUCCUUCCCAAGGAGCAGGCUCCCCUUCCCAAGACCGUCAAGUCCAUCUCACUAUCACCGUGGAACCCGGUGCCCUACAACCUCCGCCAGAAGGGCCAUCUGCUCUAUCUCCAGGUCAUCACCAACGAGGGCGAACAAUUCCCCAUCACCGCCCACGUGUCCGGAUUCUACGUCAACAAGUGCUCAAGCACCAAGUUCGAUCCUUCUCCGAGAACCAUCAUGCCCAAGAACGUCAAGGGCAAUGCGCACUCCCUCCUCACCUUGAUUUCCCAACUGUCGCCCUCUUUCAACGAAGCCUUUGAGGCCCUGCAGGAGUCAAACAACCAGAAGGACCUCCUCACCACCUUCCCCUUCCAGAACGCUAUUCCGAACAGCCCCUGGUUGGUUGCCCCUGCAUCGGCGAGUCAGAGCGCCCACCAAGCGGAUAUCACUCGUUCUCAGGAGAGCUAUCUGAUUUCCGGCGUCGAUAAUGCGGAAACUCUACGAGACUGGAACGAGGAGUUCCAGACCACCCGUGAGCUGCCCCGGGAUACUGUCCAAGACCGAGUUUUCCGUGAGCGCUUGACUUCCAAGCUGUUCGCGGAUUACAACGAGGCCGCUGCUCGUGGUGCCGUCUUGGUCGCCCGUGGCGAGGUUGCUCCUCUCAACCCCACCGAAGCCCGCGACGCCCAGAUCUUCGUCUACAACAACAUCUUCUACUCAUUUGGCGCCGACGGCGUGGGCACUUUCACUUCCGAGGGUGGCGAUGAGGCUGCUCGCGUGGCAGUCGGUAAAGACGUUCUUGGAAUCAAGGCUGUGAACCAGCUUGACAUCCAGGGUCUUUUCACCCCCGGAACCGUUGUCGUCGAUUAUUUGGGCAAGCGCAUUGUGGGUCAGUGUAUUGUCCCUGGUAUCUUCAAGCAGCGGGAGCCUGGCGAGCACCAAAUUGACUACGGCGGUGUCGAGGGUAAGGAGGUUGUGGCUACUCACCCUGACUUUAAGCCUGUCUUUGAGAAGCUCUCCAAGGCCCUCCGCAUCAAGCAGCACCCCGUCUGGGACAAGGACGGUAAGCGUCAUGACCUUGAAGGAAGUGUUGAAACCAAGGGUCUUUUGGGUACUGAUGGACGUAAAUACGUCCUUGACUUGUAUCGGGUGGCCCCUCUUGAUGCUCUGUGGCAGGAGGAGGAAGGCAGUGACGCCUAUCCUCACCGCAUGUCGGUGCUCCGUCUUGAGCUGGUCGAGUCUUUCUGGCGUACCAAGAUGAGCGCGUACGUCAAGGCCGAAGUCGAGCGUCGCAAGACUGCCAAGGCCGAGGAGGCACCCAAGGAGGCCAAGACCGAUGAGAACCCCGAAGGGAAGUCUGAGGAAACCACAGAGGAGAAGACUGAGGAGAAGAGUGAAGACCAGGAUCGUGUUGAUAUCUCUGGAUUCAAUCUUGCAUUGAACCCUGAUGUCUUCAGUGGUCAGAUCCCGCAGACCCAGGAGGAGAAGGACCAGUGGGCCCAAGAUGAGAAAGAGGUGCGGGAAGCUUGUGAGCACCUGCGGUCCAAGAUCAUGCCCGACCUUGUCCAGGACUUGCACGAUGGCGACGUUGGCUUCCCCAUGGACGGUCAAUCUCUCACGCAGUUGCUCCACAAGCGCGGCAUCAACAUCCGCUACCUCGGUAAGCUGGCACAGCUUUCUCAGGAAAAGGGACCUCGCCUCCAGGCAUUGUCCACCCUUCUCGUCCAGGAAAUGGUUGCCCGUGCUUUCAAGCACAUUGCCAACCACUACCUGCGCAACGUGCCCGCUCCCUUCGUCGCUCCCUGCAUCUCUCACCUCCUGAACUGUCUUCUCGGCACUGGUGUGAAUGCCGCCCCUCGCCCGGAGAUCGAUUCUUCUCUGCGUGAUAUCUAUCCUGAGGGAGAUUUCUCCUUCGAGAAGGUCACUCCGGAUGCGCUCCGCGUCGAGGUUGAGAAACAGGUCAAAGCCCGCUACCGCUACUCGCUCCAAGAUGGCUGGGUCAGCUCUUUGCGUCAUUUGCAACUUCUGCGUGAUAUUUCCAUCAAGCUCGGUUUGCAGCUUGGUGCCCGCGAGUUUGCCUUCUCCAAGGAGCAGAUCAAGGAGCCCGCGCCCGUGGCUAACGUCACCAAUGGUAACAGCCUGGAAGAUGGAACCAACAAGAAAAAGAAGAAGAAGGGAGGUGAAAACAAGUCCCCCAGCCGUGUGCCUGAGCAGGCCAAGGUUGCAGUCACUUUCACCGCCGAUGAUAUUGUCAACAUCGUUCCUUUGGUGAAGGACGCCUCCCCACGCAGUGCGUUGGCUGAGGAGGCCCUUGAGGCUGGUCGCAUCUCCCUCAUGCAGAACCAGAAGCAACUCGGCCAGGAGCUCAUUUUGGAGUCUCUUUCCCUUCACGAACAAAUCUACGGUAUCCUCCACCCAGAGGUUGCCAAGCUGUAUCACCAGCUUUCAAUGCUCUACUAUCAGACCGAUGAGAAAGAGGCGGCUGUGGAGCUGGCCCGCAAGGCUGUCAUCGUCACUGAGCGCACUCUGGGUGUUGACUGUGCAGACACCAUCUUGGCUUACUUGAACCUCAGUCUCUUCGAGCAUGCUUCUGGAAACACCAAGACUGCGCUGGUCUACAUCAAGCAUGCUAUGGAUCUCUGGAAGAUCAUUUACGGUCCCAACCACCCCGACUCUAUCACCACGAUGAACAACGCGGCCGUCAUGCUGCAGCACCUGAAGCAGUACACUGAUUCUCGCAAGUGGUUCGAGGCUUCUCUGUCUGUCUGCGAGAAUCUCUUCGGACCGCAGUCGAUUAACACCGCCACCAUCCUUUUCCAGCUGGCUCAGGCUCUGGCUCUGGACCAAGAUUCCAAGGCUGCCGUCGGCAAGAUGCGUGAGGCGUACAACAUCUUCCUCGCUAAACUCGGCCCCGAGGACCGCAACACCAAGGAGGCUGAGACUUGGCUUGAGCAGCUCACUCAGAACGCCGUCUCCAUUGCGAAGCACGCCAAGGACAUCCAGGCGCGUCGUCUGCGUCGUAUCAACAUCAACCCUCGCGUCUCCACCAUGGGCACCCGCGUCCAACCUCAGGUUGGCCAGACCGCCCCCGAGUCGUCAGGGACCGCCAGCGCCUCUGCCUCUGGACUGGACUCGCGCAACAUUGAUGACUUGUUGAAGUUCAUUGAGGGCAGUGAUCAGACCUCUUCGCGCUCGAAGCAAAAGAAGCGCACCGCUGCCAACCCUAAGCUUCGCGGUUCGAAGCAGUCCAAGGCUUAA